AUGCUGCUCAAAAUGGGGACAUAUUUCCGAUCAGAUCUUAAAUUUCUAAAAGUCUUAAAGUGUCAGUUUCGUGGUGUACCUUUACUCAGUUUAACUGCUACGGCUACUGAUGACGUGAUCGAUGAUGUAAGGAACAUGCUCGAAAUCCUAGAUUUCAAACCUUUAUCAAAUGUCGAAUUUAAAAAUGUUCUAAUGAAAAUGCUGAAAACUCGAUUUGCUAAACUCAGUGAAAUUAUUUAUAGUAUCAAAGCUGCAUAUUAUCAUGCUUUCAUGGAUAGUCAGCAGAGAAGUUCCACACAUAAAAAGUGGCUAAGUAGAACAAUCAUUAUUAUUGUUGCUCCUAUCGCAUUUGGUGAGAUUUUGAUUUUUGUGUUCAGUCAUUUGUCGUCUUAUACACUUUUUUGA